AACUGGGUGGAGUUUAAUUUCAAUACUAAAACCUUGUUGACAACUCUUCGUUCAGCUCUUGAAUACUUGUGCCUAUGUUUAGUUGCAAUUAAUGUUCCAAUGAAUCAUAAAGCGAGGAAGGUAGCAGCUUACUUAGAGUAAGAGGCUUUUGUUCGAAUUUAGUUUAUUUCUGCGAACUUAGAAAAAAAAAAGGGAAUCAAACUAGUGUAAAACAACAUCAACAACAACAACAAACAAACAACUAAGCCUAAAAUAGUGAGUUUUUAAAAAUGAAAUAACUUGACCAAUGUUUGUUCAUUAAAAUUGUCUGUUCAGUUGGAUUUGUGAAUUUCAAAUUGCAUUACAAAUGUAAUUGAUUUGGAUUAAUAUAAAUUAGAAGUUAACUAAAAGGAUGAAGUCUGUGAUACGGAGCAAGUACUUCGUGAGCUGUUUCCUAAUAGUGACGUCAAUCUUUAUUAAAGAGUUUUCCAGUAAUCCAGAAGUAGCCUGCCCCUUGCUCCAAGAAGGAAGUCACAGCCCAGCCAUAAAAUGUCACAUGUCUAUCCCACAAGGCUUAACUGUAAUGAAAGCAACCAUCACCAACAUGGACCAGGGCAAGGUGCUGAUGGACUGUAGGCCCCACGCCUGCAGGAAGAUGGGCCGACUCUACCCAAGGCUCAGAGUGACACACGCUAAUGUCACCAUGUCUCUGGAGAUCGAUUCAGUCAGACGAGCUGACGCAGGUCGGUUGACGUGUGAUGUCGUCCUAAAGGGCAACGCGACCUACUCAGGACAUUGUGACCUUCUAGUUGUUGCUGUUCCAGAGAAACCAACGUGUACAUAUAGCAUGACGUCUACUCAUGUUUUGGUGACGUGUACGACAGAUAGAGGUUUCCCCAAGUAUGGCUGCUUGUGGACCUUAAGUUUUACACAGAUUGUGAGCUCUUUGGUCCCUGAAGUCCCAGAACACAAGGAGUUCUACAUCAAAGGUUUAAGGUACUACAAAACUAACUGCAGUUUCAGUUUCAGAAUCCAGGGUGCUGGCAUGUAUAAAGUCAAUAUCACCAUGUACCCAGUACUCACCAAUGUCAUCAACUACCAGAUAACAACCUCACAUGUGGAGGUCUUUCAGGAACUAGACAUCUUCAUUGAAGAAGCGACUAUUGAAUAUUUUGUCUUCAGCCACAUCUACGGCAAUAACAUGUCUAGACCACUAUCGAGUGGACAGUCAUCCCGUGUGAUCUGUCAGACUUCUGGUCAACCUAAGCCAACAAUAUCUCUUUUCUACAGACGUUCCCUCGGUGAACUUAAUCUGGUCAAUCAGACUGUUGGCAAUAUUCUGGAGUAUGCAUUUGAUUCAACGACUUGUCCAUUUGCUGGUCACUUUGUCUGUACUGCACAAAACGGUCUCAACAAAAGACCUGCGAGAAGCAAGCUAACACUAAACUGUAGUGAAGAGCACUGUACUGCACCAACCUAUGUAAGGAACGAUACAACACAAGAUGCAGAGGAAAUCAUGAUGUGUGUCCAGUCCAAUCCAAAGCCAAGAUUUAUUCAGCUUCACACAGGCAAUAAAAAGGCCAAUGGUUUGAAGUGUCACAAUGAAGCAAGAACUACAAACGUCACAUAUCUAGCUGAUGCUGGACUUGUUAGUGUCAAUCUACAUAGAGAUGAUUGCAGUAGUCAUCAGUGGUUGGAAGCAAUCGGUCAGUCAAUCAGGUUCCCUUUAGUAGAAUUUUCUUUGGUAUCAGACAACUCCUUGGAGGACGAGAAAGGUCCAGACUGUCCUAGAGAUGUUCGCAUUUCAGAAAUUGAAGUUGGCAAACCGGUGAAUGUGACUUGGAAACAUGGAGUUUUGAACCAGACUUACUCCAUUCGCAGUGGCAUAGUGUCCAACUCUGUCACCCUCCUAGAAACACAGGAGUACAGCGUUAACCUGCAGACGACAAUGACGUCAAAUAUUGUUGUCAUUGAAGUUAAGGACAUGGUUGGGAGACUGCGCAGUUGUUCCUAUUGGUUGGUGCAGUCACCUUCUGAAGCUCUUCCACAAGUAGGUUGGACCGCAGAUCAUGUGCUGUUGUCUUUAGUGGGACUUUUACUGCUACUACUGUUCAUCCUCCUUAUUGCUGUUAUUAACAAGUCCAAGAGAAAUCAUGAAACAAAUCAAUGCAAGUAGUUCUAUACCUCUUUUCAUUCAUUAAAAUUUCAUUCAUGAAAGAUGACGUACUAAUGA